CGCAGUGCCAGUGUUUGCCUUUGCUACCUCAGAGGUCACGUUUCACAUUCAGCGACAAGUGAACAGACCAUCUCUCUGAGGGCAUGGCCUCCCCCAGCGUUCUCCUGUCAGAGGUGCAGUUCAAGUGUUGCAUCUGUCUGGAGGUUUUCUUUGAGCCCGUCUCCAUCCCCUGCGGUCACAGCUUCUGCUUCACCUGUAUCACAUCACACUGGGACAACCGGCAGGCCGUCAGCUGUCCCAAAUGUCACACGGCCUUCGAGGACCGCCCAGAGCUUUGUGAAAACUCCUUCGCCAAGGAAAUGUCAGAGCAGAUCCGAGCAAGAAGGCAGAACGGCGUGAUGCCGAUGGCAGGAACAUUCAUAUUUUGUGAUGUGUGUGUGGGGAAGCAAACGCUGGCCCUGAAGUCCUGCCUUGUAUGUCUGACCUCAUAUUGUGAGAGUCACCUGGAGCCCCAUCUGAGAGUUGCCACCUUGAAGAUACACAAGCUGAUUGAACCUGUGGCGAUGAUGGAGAACCGGAUGUGCAAAAGGCACCAGCGGCUUCUGGAGUUGUUCUGCAGGAGCGACCAGAGGUGCGUGUGCGUGCUGUGCACCGAGACCGACCACCGCUGUCAUGACACCGUCCCAGUGGAGCGAGAGAGUAAGGAGAAGAAGGCUCGGAUGAAAAGGAUUGAGGCCGAUGUUCAGCAGAUGAUCCAGGACAGACUGCAGAAGGUGGAAGAGAUCAGACACUCGAUGGAACUCAGCAAGGACAGCGCUAAGAGGGACAUAGUGGAAAGCCUGGAGGUCCUCUCCACUCUGUUUCGCUCCUUGGAGAGUCGUCAGGCGAAGCUGGUGGAGAUGAUCCAGAGGAAGCAGACAGCAGCAGAGCAGAGGGCGGAGAGGCUCAUCACAGAGCUCAAGCUGGAAAUCACUGAGCUGGAGACGAAGAGAAGUGAAAUGGAGCAACUUUCUCACACUGAGGACCACCUCAACCUCCUGCAGAGGUUUCCAGCUCUAAGUUGUCCUUCAUCUGCCAAAGCCUGCGAUGACAUCAUCGUCCAUACAGACGCAUGCUUGGGGAUUGUAAGGAGCGAGGUUGCCAACAUUGAACAGCAGCUCCAGUCAGCUUUGAAAAAGCUUUCCAUUCAAGAGCAUGAGAAGAUGCAGCAGUAUGCAGUUGAUGUUCAUCUGGACCCCAAGACAGCCAACCCUUGGCUGGUUAUAUCAGAGGAUUGGAGACAGAUCUGGGAUGCAGAUGUUGAACAGAACCUAGUGGACAUACCAGAGCGUUUUGACACGGCACCAUGUGUCCUCGCCACAAGAGGUUUCACCACAGGGAGGCACUACUGGGAGGUGGACGUGGGAGAUAAAACAGCGUGGGACUUGGGUGUGGCUCAACAGUCAAUCAACAGGAAGGGUGUGGUCACACUGAGUCCAGAGGAUGGUUUUUGGACUAUUUGCUUGAGGAAGGGCAGUGAGUACCGGGCAUGUGGGGGACAGGCAGAGCUUCUGUUUCUCUCUCAGAGGCCCCAGGUUGUCGGGGUGUUUUUGGAUUGCGAGGACGGCACGGUCUCCUUUUAUGAUGCAGAUGCCAAGUCACACAUCUAUUCCUUUACACAGUGUCAGUUCACUGAAGCCAUGUUUCCCUUUUUUAACCCAGAUAUGUGUGACAGCGGCAGCAACACAUCACCACUUAUCGUCCGCCCGCUCAGUGGAGUCAAUGGAGGCAGGGAUUUAGAUGGCAUCACAAUAUGA